CCGCCCACUCUACCGCGCCCGGAAGGAGGGCGCUUGCGUUCCGCUGCAUGCUGCGCAGAAGCCCGGCAGGUUAGGUGCCGCGUCGCUCCAAGCGACCAGCGCACCUUUCCUUUGAUGAUCUUCAAGAAAGCUGUGCUGUGAACUGGCGAAGGAAGCAGCAUGCCGUGGGCGUUCGGCCGAAUGGUCCUGUCCUCCGGCGCGCUGGCCGCUGGCACCUGCGCGCUCAUCUAUUACCUGACGCAGAAGGCCUUCUCCAAGGCUUCCUAUUACCAGCUGGCCCUGGAGCAGCUGCACAGCCGCCCUGAGGCCCUGGAAGCCCUGGGCGCUCCUCUCAGCGUGCACCACCUCCACCUCACUGACAGGGACAACUUCGUGGACAUCGCCAGCGCCCGGCUGAAGAUUCCGGUCUCUGGCUCUAAGUCCCAGGGUCUUCUCCACGUCCACUCAUCCCGAGACGGCCCCUUUCAGAGGUGGCGCCUUCAGGAGGUCUUCUUAAAGCUUCAGGAUGGGCAGCAGAUUCCCGUGUUCAAGCUCAGUGAGAACACGGGUCAUGAAGUAGAAAACGAGUAGAGAUGAUCGAAAAGACUCGGCUCCCUCCAGACAGUCUUACCUCAUCACCGCGUGCCCUCAUGGCUGCGAGCCAGGCGUCCUGCCGCCGGGGUGCUUGUGUGUGCCGGCAAAUUGGGAUUCUGGUAGGAUUCUAAUUCGUCCACAAGUAGUGUGGAUUUUUUAAUUUAGUUAGAAACGAAAAUUGUACUCUAAAUAUGUAAGAGUCUGUUUGAAAGUUUGCGGUCUAAAAACAAAGUACAGAAUGCCAGGAAUCUGUACUAAUAAGAUGUUAAUUUCAGCUGGUUCUCAUCUCUCCUUUCUCCUCUCCCACCCCCUCCCCAUGGUUUUCAGUUCCGUCAGUGAGACCAGGACUUACUGGCACCGAGGAGGUCUUUAAUUGUUAACACUAGAAUGCCCUACCCUGAAUUCAUGUUGCUAAAUAGCUUGUGAACAUUCUCAAUCCCUUAGGCACUUUUUUUUUUUGGCUUCACUGCUGUUGUUUUUAUCUUAUUUCUCUUUUAGUCACCAACUGUCUGCCUGAUUGAAGAUUUGCAAAAUAACUGCUUUAAUCCAGACAUUUUGGAAGCUUAAACUAUUUAUGUGUACAUAGCACAUGCAAAACUAAGUUAGGAAUGGGUAGUUUAAAGCUAGCAGCAGGUCCUUGUCCUUCUGUUUCAUACACAACCCCCUAUUCGAGAAGCGCACCUUUAGGUUUUACCUGUUUUAUAAGGGAACAGUAUUAGGAAGUCAAAGAUCUUCCUUCCCUCUGAGCACCGGAGCUGAUGAAAACCAGAAAUCUGAUACCUUUGCUUUGAAAAGGCCAGUUUUACCCCCUUGAUGUUGUUAGACUUAAUGUGGUUAUAAUUGCCUACAAUAAAGGACAUUCAUGAGCUCUUUUCCUGCAUUCUUAAUAUUCCUUGAGGGAAGCCUUUCAGAAAAUAUUGAGCUUAAACACGCUGGUGGACCAUGAGGCCUUUAAUCGUUGGAAGUUAGGUCUAUUCUGGAGCUUGUUUCUUUAAAAAUACACAGUCUUUGAAUAGAUUUUAGAGUGAAAAGUGAGUCUCCCUGAGAGCACUUUUGCCCUGUGUUUAUCGAUAAACAUCACAAUCUGUACAAUCUUUCAAAGUAAAUGGUAACAUUGGA